GACGCUCGCAACGCUGUAUGCCGGUAGCUGGAAGGAAAUCCGUUUUUAGAUUUAAAGAGACAGCGUUACUGUUUCUCUAUCGCCUUCCGAGGGCAAAUGAGAUACAAAAACAAGCAAACAAGUUGUAUUGUCUAUUAUUAAUUAAAAAUAAGCUUCUGAAAAAUGGUUUGCGGCGGCUUCACCUGCUCGAGAAAUGCCCUCAGUUCGCUUAACGUCGUUUAUAUGCUGGUGGGCUUGCUGCUGAUAGGGGUGGCAGCCUGGGGGAAAGGCUUCGGCAUCGUCUCCAGCAUCCACAUCAUCGGAGGGGUGAUUGCUGUCGGGGUGUUCCUGCUUCUGAUCUCCAUCGUGGGGCUUGUCGGAGCCAUCAACCACCACCAAGUCCUGCUGUUCUUUUACAUGGUCAUCCUGUUCCUCGUCUUCAUCAUUCAGUUUGGGGUGUCCUGCUCUUGCCUGGCCAUCAACCGGGGCCAACAGGAGCAGCUCCUGAACACUUCCUGGAGUCAUCUGAGUAACCAAACGCGCGUGGAGCUGGAGACGAGACUGGACUGCUGUGGGCUACUCAACGACACACUGAGCAUGGGCCAGUUCCGGAUGGACUAUGCAAACUGCACUGCGGUUUGUAAAGCAAAGAACCAGUGUUACACUUGCGGGGAUAAAAUGCUGCAGCAUUCACAGGAAGCUCUCCAGAUCCUGGGAGGAGUGGGGCUCUUUUUCAGUUUCACUGAGAUCCUGGGAGUCUGGCUAGCUGUGCGCUACAGGAAUCAGAAGGACCCACGAGCGAACCCCAGUGCCUUCCUGUAGACCCCCCUCCUUUCACCCCCCAAUCACACACACGCGUGCGCACACACACGAUCACAACCAUUCUCGUCCCAUCUCCUCCCUGUAGCUGCUCAAACCCUACCUACGGAUCAAAAUGGCACACCCACUGAGCCAGCAAACACUAAUGAGUUCAUGUCAGAAAGCCAGCCCAGCCAUGUGUGUUCACUAAUGCAUGAUGGAAUGGACCCCUUAUUGGCAUUCCUCCAAGGAGACUGGCACUGUCUCUUUCCAGGAGUGUCCCUUUGCAAUGCGUCAUUCUUGAUGUGAAGUUUUUAUAUAUAAUAUAUAGACGUGCGUAUGUGUGUGUGUGUGCGCGCAUAUAUACAGAUACAGAUACAGUGUGGCUGUAAGCAGAACUUCAGGCUUGAAAAGAGAAGUAGAUUGGAAAGAACCAGACAAGGGUGGGGUAUCCUCUAACUCAACAGAAAUAAGAUUUGUAUAAAGGCGUCUUGUAGUUUUUUUAGAAAAUAGUUUUUUUGUUUUCUUUAUAGAAUAUAGCCUUUCCCGUUGACAGCCAACCUAAUUAUUAUUUUUUUUUUUAAAUAGUGGCAACCUACAUAGUGAAGUUGUCGUUAACUGCUUAGAGCGAUGCUUAAUGUGGUUUUGGAAGUGUUUAAAUAUUAAAUUAGAAUUAAGUUGCAGUUGCAGCUUUAAUACAGUGUUUCAUAUUGUUACAGUCAGCCCAAAAACUGAACUUGGGAGAUUUAUAGUGGAGACACCAUGAACGUUCAUAUUCAUAGAGUACUGUAGUUUUUCCACGCUGAAAAACUCGCAAGCACCCGAAAGAGGUCAAGUGGGUAGCUUGCAGCUCUCCUGAUGAGUGAAAUAACCACAGGACUAUAUGGAGUAUUCUAUUUAUAUAACAAGGAGAAUAGAAAAGGAAGCAUGUUUUAAACCUAGCUGGAUUUGGAGAGUUACAUGAUGUCAAUCAACUUCCGCAUCUGCUUAGAAACGGAAUUUGGAACAGCGUGAUUCUUCCUGUGGUUCUGUUGUAAUUUGGAACAGCGUGAUUCUCCCUGUGGUUCUGUUGUAAUUUGGAACAGCGCGAUUCUCCCUGUGGUUCUGUUGUAAUUUGGAACAGCGCGAUUCUCCCUGUGGUUCUGUUGUAAUUUGGAACAGCGCGAUUCUCCCUGUGGUUCUGUUAGAUUUUUAAUGAAUGCAAGAAUGCAAAAAUAGGGAUGGGGGUCACUCUGCACCACCGAAUAUGAAAGUCAUUUGAUGCUAGAUCUCUCAACAGUUGUUUCAGGGUGUCGGAAUGGUGGUACACACCCAUCCUGUUCCAGGUUGAAACCACUUGAGGCAGAGCGUUGCAUUUCUAUAUGUAUCUAGCAGUCACAAGGUGCAAUGUGGAAAUAGCUCUGGGGAUCUCUGACUGGAGCAAAAUAAAAAAUGGAACGUUAUUAUGAAUUCUCAGCCAGUGAUUCCUCAAGAUAAGCCUGAAGGUGGUUAGCCAAUUGAAACAUCAUGUGUUGCAAUCUAGUUUAAAUGCAAGGCAUGUGCGUAAAGUCUCUUGUUUGUACUAAAUCUGGCUGCGUGGGCCAGCCUUCAGGACCAAGUGGCAUUUAGUAUCUCCGAAUGAAAAUGAGGCAAAAUGUAAAAUACACAUUAUAUCUAAAGAAGAAAAAGAAAAUAGAAAAGGUUGUUGCCAAAAUACAGGGAUGACUCGUGUCACCUUGACAUGUGCAGUAGCAGCAGUUGUAUAAUAUUGGCAAAUUAUUGUUAGUGAUGUGUUGGGGUGGGACUUUUUUUUAAAGAGGACUUCAAGUAAAUGUGUAUUAUUAUUAUUAUUAUUAUUAUUAUUAUUAUUAUUAGUUUGCCAAAUGAUGGAUGGGAUUGUGUUAAAAUAGAUUUGUUUUGUUAAUAUUUUUAUAGGUAUAUAUAUGUUUUUUUUUGGUAAUUAUCCUCAGAUUUAUGCUUUUGUUCAAUGUUGCCAUACACACACGUUAUAAAUGCCUAGGGUUUGUCUGCCAGUCAUAGCUAUAGUUAUACGUGCUUCCUCAUGCAUGUCUUAACAGCACAAGAUAUAUGAAGACAAAACAACUGUACAAACAAACAAAACAAGCAUUUUUUAAUACAGAUUUCUAAGUAGAAUUGAUAGAAAACUUUUAGGGUUUAUGCGGGUCCUGCUAAUUGCAUGGAGCACUGUACCAUUCACAUUUAAAUAACGUUCUCAAGAUUUCAAGUAGGGGUGUACAAACCCAGUGCUGCAGGACUUCUAGGUAUCGUUAAAUAACUGAUUAUGUAAUUAGGGUGUAGGACCGGAAUUCUGCACCCCUGGUUUAGAGAGUGUUUCAAACCUUGUGUUCACAUGGCUUCUAUAAGGUGUGACAGCAUGAUUUAAAGUGAAUGGCAGUCAGGAUGAGAAUGCACAUUAUUUUGGUUGCGUGGAUAUGGUAGUUGAUGCUUGUUUCUCUGCUCCAAACGUGAGGGGAUCCAUCAGAAUAAUGCAAACACCAUGUGUGUGCCGACUCCAAACUCCUGCCCUAAUGAGGUACUGAUAUUUUCAGUACUUUCCAGUUUCUGGGAAAUGUGAAUUGCCAAUUAUAUGGUUAUCAAAAGCCCUCUUUCCAUUGGUAGUGCUUUGCUUUUGACUAGUUCAUAAGUGUCUGGCUCCACAGACCCUGUGAACACUUGUGUUGGACUGCUAAGUUAACAUUAGGUAGUAAUAUCUAUUGAAGAGAAUCGGUUUCAAUAUUAAGUUUCUUAAAAAAAAAAAAAAACAGCAGUACAACUUUCAUGGCGUUCCCUCAACCCUAGGUGCGUCUUUUCCCUUUUUGAUUUGACUGCAGAUUGAAGUAAAAUCAACUUAAAAUGAUCCCAGAUUCAUUGCUGGAUUUGUACGGGGCUUGCUUACAAAGGCAAGUCAUAACCAGCGCUUUUAAAAAAAGGUUUUGUGUUUUUCCAUGGGUCCUACCACCGUAGCAUUUCAUGAUGUUAGAACCCAAGAUUUGAUCUUUAUCCUGUAAGAUUGCAAGCAAGUUUUAAACCAAUUGGAGAGGAAACUGUUUUUAAAGGCUUGGUUCAUUCCUCUUUUAGAAGGCACUGUGAGCCUUUUUAUAAAUACGCUUCGCUUUGCAGUCCCCUUGCCUAUCCAGUGCUCACGAGGGUCCACUCUUGUAGUGUAAAAGACACGGUCAACUCUCCAUACUAACUUAAAUAAGCAAGCUAGAAUGCCAGUCGCCCUGUAAACCGUACAAACGUUUCUGUGUGAAUUAAUCUGAAGCAAACCACUCCAAACGGAACUGGCUUGGGGGAAGUUCUCCCGUUCUGCUUUCUGUUUCAGGCCUAGACUGAUCAUCUCCAAUAGACGCGAUCUCUGUGUUUUUUUUAGGAUUUAGCUGGACUCUUUUUGUGUGCUACUGAAAGACCUAAAUAUCGGAACCUUUUUCCUAUCUCCUGACACCCCAUCCCACCCAAUUAGACUAGUCUCCCAUAGGAUCCAAAGUGGCUUAAUGUUUUACACUGAAAGAAUGUUCAUGUAAAUAAAAUUCAAAAAGUAAUAAUGAAAAUGA